UUCCUCUCUCUAACGCCUUUAGAUUUCAAAGCCCUUCGAAGGUCUCGGCUCUAGCAGUAAAGGAGACUAUUCUGUUCUUCAUCUACAUAGUUUGAUGGAGAUUGAUCAGGAUCAAAAGGAGCAAAAUGAGGGCUUUGGUGUGUUGGUCAAGCAAGGGGCAGAAGCUAGGGUGUUUGAAUCGACCUUUGUUGGGCGUAGAUCCAUUGUGAAAGAACGUUUUUCAAAGAAGUACAGGCAUCCAACCCUUGACGCAAAAUUAACUCUUAAGCGUCUGAAUGCGGAAGCUCGUUGUAUGGUGAAAGCAAGAAAACUUGGUGUACCAACUCCAGUGCUGUAUGCAGUUGACCCAUUGCUGCAUACUCUAACCUUUGAGUUUGUGGAUGGGCCGGCUGUGAAGGAAGUACUCCUGGACUACGGGGCAAAUGGUAUAAUCGAGGAGCGAAUGAAUGACAUUGCCAUCCAAAUAGGUGAUGCAGUUGGAAAAUUACAUGAUGGAGGUCUCGUGCAUGGUGACUUGACAACCUCAAAUAUGUUAAUCAGGAGAGAGACCAAUCAGCUGGUUUUAAUUGACUUUGGCCUGAGUUUUACGUCAACUCUUCCAGAGGAUAAAGCUGUAGAUUUGUAUGUGUUAGAAAGAGCCUUGUUGUCAAUGCACUCAUCAUGUGGCAAUGUGAUGGAUAGAAUACUCUCUGCAUAUCGGAAGUCUUCAAAACAGUGGUGCUCCACACUCAACAAGCUAGCUCAAGUGAGACAACGAGGUCGAAAGCGCACAAUGAUAGGAUGAGCGUUCUUCAACAAUUAUUAUGCGACAUGUGGAAUUCUUAAGCAUCCAGUCAGAAUACCACUAUAAUUUACCUUCGGUAUGUGUGCCAAUGAUAAUAUUAUACUAUUUCUGUUAUUCGGAGAAGACGUGAUUAUUUAAACGAUAUGUAGCAAAACUAUUGUAAUCUCCAAUGACAAUAUUCACGUGAAAGCUGUUGAAUCAGUGGGCUUCUACCUUCUGAAUACAAUUCUCUAUUGCUUGAUGCUUGAGCUCAUCCUCUUAUUAUCAUCAGUUCAGCCUUUACAGUAUUCAAUGAAAUUUUCCCCCAUAUA